UUCUUAAUUAAACAGUUAAUCCGUCGGGUUCCUACCAAAAAACAUGAUCAAUAUUCGAAAAAAACGACUGUUGCACCAAAUCGAGGACUGAUCUUUAAACUUUGGGUUGCAGUUACUGUCAUUUAAUGUUACGAGUCUCUUCGAGUCUUGUUGAUUUGAUGAUCCUUCCUCUCUCACUCUUACGUCAACCUCUACACUCUCUCUCACUUGUCUCGUUCCCCGAAUUCUGUGAAGUUCUUCUUUUUACCCUAAAAAUCCCAAUUUAUUGGUUGGAUUCUGGGUUUUUGACUUCUCCGGUGACGGCGCGUUCGAGCUACUGAAGAAGCUAAUAUUAACUAUUAAGAACAGCUCUGCGAUCUACUCCCAGGGAUGCAAUUCCAAGAGGAUGAGAACAGAUUUUAGCAGAAAGGAUUUUGUUGAGAAGAUUCCAUAUUCUGGUUCUGGUUCUGGUUCUGGUUCUGGUUCUUCAACAAUGGAAUUAAAGCGGAGUUAUCAUCAGUGGUUGACAGAACCGUCUAGCUCACAAGUAUUCAAGAAUAAGAGACAAGUGGUCGAUGCUCAUAUGAAUUUAUCUUCAUUGGACACUUCUCUUGUGCCCACAACACACUUCACUGAUUGCUUAUUCGACCCUGCCAAUGCGCAUUCAUCACAUCUCCUCCGUGCUCGAAAUUAUACAGAGGAGCAAUCUAUUGGUUUGCCAGUGGUUCAUGGGAGCUCUUUUAAUCUUGACACCAUUAGAAAAGUUAGAGUCAAUCAAGUGUCUGAAUCUGGCAACUUGCCCGACUUCAUGGUUCAGCUUUAUAAUGAGGGAUUUUCAAGAUCAUUUGAAACGGUUCCUUCUUAUAAUAGUGGUCAAGAGAGCACGCUAUCCUUUGGCCAAACCUGCACUAGUAGUAUUGACAAGAGCUUCAUCUUCCCAGGACCAUUCGCUAGCAAGGCAGAUGGAAAUUUCAUUCAAAACUUUAGUAAUGAAGCUGUUGGUGUCGUACCAACCGGUGAUAUUUUUGACAAAGGAGAUGGAAAUGUCUUGUCAACAUUUCAUCCAUUUCAGAAAGGAGUAGAAAACUUUGUUUUGAUGGGUCAGUCUCUUCAAAAGGCUGAUUGCAAUAUCUUCUCAGUGAGUUCCUCCUAUAACAAGGGACAAGAGAACUUUAUGCCUCUUCUAUCUUGUGACAAAUUGCCUGGAAACGUUUUCAUGACCGGAUCAAACAAUUACAAAGAAAAUGUCAAUGCGUUGUCAAGGGGAGAGUCUCCAUUUACGGAAGGCGGUGAGAUGGCAUUUAUGGUUUCUAGCCAAGAGAGAACAGAUCAAAUUAGGCACGAGGAUAGAAGCCAGACCCUAUCUUUUGGAGAUUAUCAGAAAGAAUCCACGAUUGGAUCAGCAGUCCGUGUUAUUAACAGUUAUGAGAACUUCAGCCAUGACCCUGCUAUUGCUAAAGAUCCUCCUCAUAUGGAAGCAGAGGAAAAUAUGUCUUUUGAAUUUAGAAAUCCCCCUUAUGCUAGUCCUAGAGUUGAUACCUUGCUGGUGCCCAAAAGUAAAGAUACCAAGACAGCUAAGAAGGGUUCUACAAAUACAUUUCCUUCAAAUGUUAAGUCAUUGUUGUCAACAGGAAUGUUUGAUGGGGUUACUGUGAAGUACUAUUCGUGGUCACGUGAGAAAAAUCUCAAAGGAAUCAUAAAGGGGACUGGGUAUCUAUGUGGUUGCGGCAACUGUAACUUUAAUAGAGUUCUUAAUGCGUAUGAGUUUGAGCAGCAUGCUAAUUGCAAGACAAAGCAUCCAAAUAACCACAUAUACUUUGAGAAUGGAAAGACCAUUUAUGGCGUUGUUCAAGAGCUGAAGAAUACACCUCAGGAAAAGUUGUUCGAUGCUAUUCAAAAUGUGACAGGAUCUGAUAUCAACCAUAAGAAUUUCAACACCUGGAAAGCUUCAUAUCAUGUUGCCAGCCUUGAACUUCAGCGUAUCUAUGGGAAGGAUGAUGUCACUUUGGCCUCUUGAGAAGACGAGUUAUCAACUGGCAGGCUUUUUGUCGUAAGUGAUGUCCAAGUCCAUUCUUGUUCUCUGUAACUAAAGUUUCGAAUAGUAAAUCAGAACCGUGGACGGCUAAAGUCUGGGGAAGUCUAGUUCUCUUACUAAAGUAUAUAAACUACUGCAAGAACUCCAAAUUCUUAGCUUUUAUGAGACUUUAUGUAGCGCA